GUCCCGUCAACCGUCGCCAGGUGACCAUGGAGGAGAGUGGCUUGUCCCUCCAGGCUCGCUUCUCUGCGCUGCUGUUCAUGUUCCAGGGGGACUACAGGGACGUCUACCUGCACUGCAGCCUCAACCUGUGUGACCAGAGGAACUCCUCCUGCUCUCCUAUGUGUUCAGGAAGGUCUGUCCGCUCUGUCGAUGAACUCGUACCCCUCAAGCCCGUCACCAUCGGACCAAUCACCUGGGCCCAGAGUCUGGAGUGAGCUGAUGAAGUCACACCUCCCUCAGAAUGGCUUUAUGACCAUCCCUAUGGCAACCAGCUCAGGCUCUCUCCUGUCUCCUGUCUUUU